CUGGGCAUGAUAAGCUGUGGGACGAUAUCACCUGUCCUGCAGGCAGACUAUGGAUGGCCUAGUGACCGUUCGCAGUGACACCAGAGGGAUGCAUUACCCGUACUUGCAGCGAUAAUGCACCAUAGUGCAUUCCAGUCAAUCAAUGCAGAAACGGAUAUUCAUAUCUUAGAUGAUGAUGGUUUAAAUUGGCGGUCGCUCACCAAGUCAAAUUUUAUCUUGAGCUAUUGGAUAGUUGCCUUCUCUGCUGUUGCGAUAUAUGACUGGGCCCUUACAUUUGGGCAAGAGGUUGAACUGGUCUGGAAGCAACGCUGGUCCCUUAUGACUAUUCUAUAUCUCAUUGUGCGCUAUAUUGAAAUACCAUAUAUCGUCAUAAACCUGCUGCAAAAUAUUCCAUCAAUCUCGGUGACAAAUACAGGGUGAGUAAGAUUCUUGACCGGAGUAUUGAUUGAAUGCAAUAAUUCCAAUAGCUGCAAAAUUUUCUUCCUCACACAGUUUCUGAUGAUUAUGGUCACA